AUAAUGUGAACAUUUAUGUAAAUCAUUAGGAAAGUGUUUUUUAUUCACCCGAUUUGAUUUAAUUUUUUAUAGAUCUAGUUUGAUUUAAUGGCCCUUUUCCUGUCUACUCCAAGGUAUAUUAAUGGGGGGAAGAAAACAAAGAUAAGGUGCGACAUGGCAUGGCAUAUGCAUAUGUAGAGUCGUUGUUGACCAAAUGCACCAAUUUCUCCCACAUCAAACAGCUCCAAGCCCACCUUACAACCACCGGACUUUUCCAAUUAUACCCUUCCCGCGCCAAAUUCCUCGACUUCUGCGCCGUCUCCUCCGCCGGCAGCCUCCAUUACGCCACCUCCAUCUUCCGGCGCAUACCUUUUCCGCUCACCAAUGACUGGAACGCCGUCAUCCGCGGCCUCGCCCAGAGCGAUCGCCCGAUCGACGCCGUCGCGGGCUUCGCCCAGAUGCUACGGGCCCAUUGCAGGCCCGACGCGCUCACGUGCUCCUUCGCGCUCAAGGCGUGCGCCCGCGCGUUGGCCCUGCUGCAGGCGGUCCAGAUCCACUCCGGCGUCGUCCGUUUCGGGUUCGGCUCCGACGUCCUGCUCCGCACGACCUUGCUGGACGCGUACGCCAAGUGCGGCGAGUUGGGCCACGCCCGCAAGGUGUUCGACGAAAUGGAGCUGAGAGACGUGGCUUGCUGGAACGUGUUGAUUGCUGGAUUCGCUCAGGGGAACCGGCCCAUGGAAGCCCUGGAGCUUUUCAAGAAGAUGAGGGAAGCCAAGACUGAGCCCAAUGAUGUAACCGUGCUCGGCGCCAUAUCUGCUUGUUCACAGCUGGGAGCAAUCGAAGAAGGCGAACGGGUCCACAACUACAUCAGAACCAAGAAUCUUGAUUCCAACACCUCCGUCUGCAAUGCAGUCAUCGAUAUGUAUGCGAAAUGUGGGUUACUGGACAGAGCCCACAAAGUGUUCGACGAAAUGACAUGCCCAAAGACUCUAGUGACAUGGAACACCAUGAUCAUGGCUCUUGCAAUGCACGGCGAAGGAGUCAAAGCCCUAGAUCUCUUCAAGCAAAUGCCUCAUUCCCGUAUUACCCCCGACAGCGUGAGCUACCUUGUGGCACUUUGCGCGUGUAACCACGCCGGCAUGGUGGAGGAAGGCAUGAGGCUCUACGAAUCAAUGGAGAAACACGGAGUGAGCAAGAACGUGAAGCACUACGGUUGCAUGGUAGACAUGUUGGGAAGAUCCGGUCGGUUAGGCGAAGCGUACGACCUAGUAGUGUCCAUGCCACUGGCACCAGACGUGGUGCUGUGGCAGACACUACUAGGGGCAUGUAAGACUCACAAGGCUCUAGACAUGGCCGAGAAGGCAGCGAACAAGCUCAUCGAAAUGGGAUCGAACAGUUGUGGGGAUUACGUUCUGCUCUCGAACCUCUACGCCGUGCACAAGAAGUGGCCAGAGGUAGGAAGGGUGAGAGAGGCAAUGAAGAGCAGGGACAUCAAGAAAGUGCCCGGCUUCAGCUAUGUCGAAAUCAAUGGCGCAAUGCACAAGUUUGUGAAUGGAGACAAGAACCACCCGGAGUGGCACACCAUACACGCGAAGCUUGGUGAGAUUUGGGUGGGGAUAUGCCGGCUAGGGUACGCGCCGGAGACAGAGUACGUGUUGCAUGACAUAGAGGAGGAGGAGAAGGAGAAUGUGUUGCCCUAUCACAGCGAGAAGUUGGCUGUGGCGUUUGCGUUGAUUAGCACCGGGGAAGGGAGGAGGAUUAGCGUGAACAAGAAUAUAAGGAUUUGUGGGGAUUGUCAUGUUGUGAUGAAGCUGGUUUCCAAGAUGUAUGGGAGGGAGAUCAUUGUUAGGGAUAGGACUCGGUUUCACAGGUUCAGAGAUGGAUCUUGCUCUUGCAGAGAUUACUGGUGAAGUUUUUGUAUUUGUAUUUGUAUUUUUUUUAAAUUUAGGAUUGGCUAUUGCCUUUUUUUAUACAAAAAAUAAAGUUAUUCAUCCAUU